AUGAAGGAGCUGGAGCAGGUGAAAGAGGUGAAGGGGCUGGAGCAGGUGAAGAAGGUGGAGCAGGUAGAUGAGCUGGAGGAGGUGGAGGAGUUGAGGGAGGUGAAUGAGCUGGAGCAGUUGGAGCAGGUAAAGGUACUGGAGGAUGUGAAGGAGGAGGAGGAGGGGGUGAAGGAGCUUGAGGAGGUGAAUGAGUUGGAGGAAGUGAAGGAGUUGAGGGAGGUGAAUGAGUUGGAGGAGGUCAAUGAGUUGAGGGAGGUGAAUGAGCUGGAGGAGGUGAAGGAGGUGGAGGACGUGGAGCAGCUGAAGGAGCUGGGGCAGGUGAAGGAGGUGGAGCAGGUGAAGGAGGUGAAGGGGCUAGAGCAGGUGAAGGUACUGGAGGAGGUGAAGGAGGUGAAGGGGCUAGAGCAGGUGAAGGUACCGGAGGAGGUGGAGCAGGUGAAGCUCAAGGCGAGGGGGGGGGAGGGGUCUGCUCCAGAGGGGAUCCAGGUCCAGGGGGGGUCUGCUCAGAGGGGAUCCAGGUCCAGGGGGAUCCAGGUCUUCUGGGGGUCUGCUCAAAGGUGA